AUGCGCUUAUCACGUUUGAUUCAUGAAGUUUCUUCUCGCCUGCGCAGCGUGGAGCGGCCGCCGCCUGAGGACGAGGCCGUCGCGGGCGCCGCCGUCGGCCCCGAAGCCUCCGCCAGCGCCCCCGCCCGCGCCGCCGCCCCCAGCGAGGGCGCUGCCGCCGGCGGGGACGAGGGCGCCGCGGAGGCCAGCGAGGCCGCGACGGAGGCCAGCACCGAAGCGGCUCCGCAGAGAGUGUGGCAGUGCGCGGGGCCGAGGGCGAGGGGGGAGCCAAGGGCCAGGGCGGGGUCAAGGGUCAGGUGGCGGGAGGGAGUGAGCGCAGCGCGGAGAAUGUGA